AUGCAUGAUAGGCUCACUCUUCUAGUUACCGAGAUUAGAACUCUUGGUAGCAAAGAUUGGGAUGAUUUCAAGGUCACUAAGAAGAUGCUUAGAGCAUAUGCACCCAAAAAUUCAAUGUUGGCAACCAUCAUUAGAGGCAAAGAAUCAUAUAGAAAGAUGAAGCCAAUCAACUUGUUGAAUGAGUUGCAAUUUCAUGAGAUGAAUGAUCUAGAUGUGGCCAAGUCAAUUAGUCAAGAUGAAGUCAAGACUAUUGCUCUCAAGGCCGAACCUAGCAAGACGUUUGAAACAAGUGAGAAAUCGUCAAAGCAAAAGAAGAAAGUUGAGUCAAGUGAUGGAGAUAGCACCGAUGAAGAAGCUGCCAUGAUGGUGAAAAACUUCAAAAAAUUUAUGAAGAAAAGAAACUUCAAGAGAGGGACCAAACAAAGAACAUGCUACAAGUGUGGUGAAAAAGAUCAUUUCAUAGCGGAUUGUCCUCAAAAUGACAAUGAUGAAAAUGAAGACAAGAAGCACAAGGACAAGGGCAAGGACAAGAGUUAUGACAAGGAGAAGAGGUACAAAAAGAAGAGCAAAGAGUAUAACAAGAAGCAUGGCAAGGCUCAUGUUGGUGAAGAGUGGGAGUCUAGCAACGACUCCGACAAUGAGGGCACCGCAUCUCUUGCCUUGCUCUCUACAUCAUCAACACCAAAGCUCUUUAAACAACCUCUACGAUGA